GAAUUUAUGAAGAGCACUGAAAACACCCUGUUGCUUGGACAAACGCCCUCUAUCUAUCUAUCUAUCAAUGGCUGGAUGUGAAGUUGAGGGAAGUUCGACAGGAUCAAUGGGUACAGGAAGUGUACUGGAUUUUAAUAAUACGGAGGAUGAACGGUUUCACCGCAGUGUUGCUAAAAAAAGAAAACGAGCAAAUAGCGAAGGUCAAAUUUCUGGUAAGGAAACGGUUAAAAAAGACAUAGAGAGGCUGGUGUCAUCUUUACCAAAGCUAAGCACUGUAUUCAAUAUUACAAAUAAAAUAGGAGAAGGUACAUUUAGUGCAGUGUACUGUGCUAGGCUGACAGACUACCCACAAGUAGAUACCAAGUUUGCAUUGAAGCACAUCAUACCAACAAGUCAUCCAAGUAGAAUAGAAAGUGAACUCAGAUGUCUUCAAACAAUUGGUGGUUGUGAUAAUGUGAUGGGAGUACAACUUUUAUUGAGAAAUGGAGAUAAUGUUGUCAUUGUAAUGCCAUACUUUUCUCAUGAUAAAUUCAGUGACUAUAUACUUGAUGUAUCUGUCAAUGAAGUCAAGGAGUAUAUGCGGAACUUGUUUAUUGCGCUAAAAAGAGUUCAUGAAUUUGAUAUCAUACACAGAGAUGUCAAACCAAGUAACUUUCUUUACAACAGAAAAACAAAACAGUAUUCUUUAGUUGACUUUGGUCUAGCACAUAAAGCCCCUGUACCAACUAAACACAGGCAAGGGACAUCUACUGCACCUACAACACCCAAGAAAAAGGCCAAACGUCUUCAGUCAUCGAGUGAAAACGAGAUGAAAUCUUCAAACCGUAGCCCUGCUAAGAGACAACUAUCAGAAGAUGGUAGAGUUCCAGCUAAAUUAACUGAAGUCAACCCUAAUACAGUUACUAAUCACAAACUAACACGACCGAAUACUUUCGCCAAGGCGUUUAAAUCGCCAAAACAAACUAUCACAGCAAAAAAAACAUUUGUCCCAAGUCGUACAAAAGUCCAAUCCAAACAUUUAUCAUUUGCUAAGAAUGAGUACCUUACAAAGAAAUCUGGUAUUUCAUGCGUGUCUCCUCAGCAUACAUGUGCAUGUUAUGGAAAACCUCAAGUGUGUUCGGUUUGCUUGUGUAGAAGUAAUCAAACUGCACCAAGAGCUGGUACACCUGGAUUUAGAUCACCAGAAGUUCUUCUCAAGUGUCCUGAUCAAACAACAGCUGUUGAUAUGUGGUCAGCUGGUGUAAUUUUCCUCACUUUGCUAACUGGACGCUACCCAUUCUUCAAGGCCCCAGAUGAUAUGACUGCACUGGCACAAAUUAUUAAUAUAGUUGGCAGUCAGGAAAUGAAGGCAGCAGCUAGGCAGUAUGGUAAACACCUGCUGUGUAGUCAAGAACAACCUGCUCUUGAUUUAAAAACUAUGUGUCAGAAACUUCGAGGCAAAUCUAGCGACAAAUCCCCAGAACAGUUGCUGAUCGCACGGAACAGAAAACUUGAAGAAUCCAUUGUAGAACCAGAAAAUGACAGUCCCCUCAGUGGUAAAAGAUGUUCCCCAAGACUUCAGAAAAUGAACAAAGAAUCUGCUCGGGAGAGAUCAUGGGACGAAGUGCCUGAUUGUGCAUAUACUUUAUUAAAGAGAUUGUUAGAUUUAAAUCCACACACACGAAUCACUGCCAGGGAAGCACUAAACCAUCCAUUUAUUGUAGGGGUAUAACCUUGUGUACAAAUUGACAUUACCCAUAUACAUCUCUAUUAGGUACCUCAGUAGAUGACAGAUUUGUGUGUUAGCACUAUGAGGACAAUUAACCAGUCAUAAUUUGGCGUCCCUGUACCAUACUGAUUGCAUAAUCACUUAUGGGUUACCUGGAAUAAUUGAUAGAAAUUUCCCCUUUUUCAGCUUGUGUUUUCUGUCAAUAAAUUUGGGCUUGACAGA